GAGCGCGGCGCGCUAGCCGCCGAAGAAGCCAUGCCGCUGGACCACCGCCGGGUGCCGGGGCCGGAGGAGUCCCAGACGCCGCUGCUCUUCGCGCCCGUCGAGGCGCCGGAGGUUCCGCCCCGCGACCCGUCGGCGCUGCAGCCGCUCUUCGCCCGCGCGGGGCUGCUGAGCCAGGCCAAGGGCUCGGCCUACGUGGAGCUCCACGGCGGCACCAAAGUGCUGUGCUCCGUGGCAGGGCCGCGCGAAGCCGGCGGCGGCGCGGGCGCGGCGGCUCCGGGCGAGCCUCGAGGGCGGCUGGUGUGCGAGUUCCGGCGGGCGCCCUUCUCGGGGCGCGGGGCGCGCAUACGCCCCAGCGAGCGGGAGCCCGAGCUGGCGCUGGCGCUGCAGGAGGCGCUGGAGCCGGCCGUGCGCCUGGCGCGCUACCCGCGGGCGCAGCUGGAGGUGAGCGCGCUGCUGCUGCAGGACGGCGGCUCGGCGCUGGCGGCCGCGCUGUGCGCCGCGGGGCUGGCCCUGGCCGACGCCGGCGUGGAGCUCUACGACCUGGUGGCGGCGUGCGCGCUGUGCCGGGCGCCGGGCGGAGAGUGGCGCCUGCAGCCCAGCGAGCCCGAGGAGCGCGCCGCCGACGCCCGCCUCACCGUGGCGCUCCUGCCCUCGCUCAACCAGGUGGCCGGGCUGCUGGGCAGCGGCGAAGGAGGGCCCCCCGACAGCUGGGCGCAAGCCGUGCGCCUCGGCCUCGACGGAUGCCAGCGCCUCUACCCGCUGCUCCGACAGAGCCUCCUGCGCGCUGCCAAGCGCCGACCCGCGCCGGGCACCCAAGCGCCGACCGACACAGACACGGCCCAGCCUCCCGCCGCCACCGCCUGAACUCCGGGAGCUUCUCGGGCUGCGCCUCGCCGGACUCCUCUUCCGAUGUCUCUGGGUUUCGGCUGCCUCGUGGUUUUGGAUCCGGGAUCUGAGCGUGGUUUACCCGACGUAGAUGAAAUUGCCUGGCCUCCUCAUUGGCGAGGAACCGCAACCACGGUGGGCCCAGUCGCGAUCCAGGGAAGGCGAGCCGACCCCUUUUCCCCUGGAGGGCAGGCCACAUCCACACGAGACCAUCUCUGCAGCUCCGCGCUCUUUGCGAGUGAAACUUCGACGGAGAGUGAGAGAGACUUCCGAAAGUCUACCGCACCACCGUCAGACCCAGAAAGCUAGUUUAUUAAACGUGCCGGGAAUUAUUGCUCUGUGUAGUUUUCACCCAGUUCCUGGGAUUUGGGAGAAAAAAAUCUGCUUUAAAUGUUGUAAAUAUCUGAUGUGUGUGUGUGUGCGCACAGUCUGAGUCUCAAGAAAAACAAAAAAGGGUUAUUUGCUGCUGGUUGAAUCCAAAGUUCUACCGUGGUCUGAGUUUUCAAAUUGCUAUGAUUAUCAGUUUGGGGUAGGAAUCUGCAUUUGUUCAUUAGUCCAGUGUUGUUGGCGGCUAUGUUUGCUUUCAAAAUUCCAAAGUUUAAAAAUAUUACACUUCGAAAAUGUCAAGGAACAAAAUGGGUUAAUCCACACAUCCUCCUGCUUAACCUGCUUUCUUGGAAAGUUACCCUCAUUUCAAAGGAGUUUCCAUCCAAAUCAGUGCGUUUUGCAUUGAGGCAAUUAUCAAUAAGGUGACAUCAUUCUCUGCAUUCCUCCCCACUUCCCUGAAACUCCUUGCUUUAAGACAAAAAAUUAAAAAUCAGCAUUUUCUCAUAGGAAAUACGGCAAGUUUAUUUCUUUUUUUGUAUUGGCUAAAUGUUUGUUGCUGAAAUUACUUUGGUGUUUUUCAACUUUGGGUCCUCAGAUAUUAUUGGGACUACAAGUCCCAUUAUCUCAUCUGUUAAUCUGGAUAGGGAUGGUGGGAAGUUUAGCUCAACAUCUGGGGACUAAAGGCAGAACACUGUAUUAGACUACUUCAUUAUGUGAAAUCUCCUUUUGUAGAACCGUGGUGUAAUAAAUUGUGUGUGACCUCCCUUGUUAAAAGGUCAACCUCAAAUGGGCAUCCUAAAGACUGAAAUGGUUUCUUCUUGCAGAGGUGAUGCAAGUGAGCCAGUAACUGGUAAUGGGAUCAAGGUGGAUGUAGAGUGAUUAGCUAAUUUGGCAGCGAGUUGCAGGUUGACUAUUCAGUGGCCACUUCCAGCACAAUCUGCUUCUGUCUUGGACUCAUUAAUACUUGGUCUGAUUUACUAGGACCUACUAGUAUCUUGUGAUAUGCAAGGCUUGAGAACUUGUUCUUCAUGGAGAAAAGUUUAUUAGAUACUUGUAAUAAAGUCUCUUUUUAUAAUUAAAAUACACUAUUUUGCA